GAUCCCACUUCUUGUUGUGUUUCACAGUAAAAUAUAAUUAAAAUUUAUUUAUUAUUUUAUUUAGUUUUAUCGACUAACACACCUAUACGAGAAUCCUGGGUCCGCCAUUGUUUAGAAAGACGAUGAAAAUGCUCUAAGAAGUCAUUUGGAUAGAUUUAUGUGAUGAGUCAAUCUGCUUCAAUUACCUCAAUAUGAGAUAAUUGGGUCAACUUGUUCCAUUUGGCAACCAAAAAAAAAAAUGAUGAAGCAAUCGAAGGAGGGAAAAUGUGAAUUAAUACAUUAUGAGACAAUUAGAAUUAUCUAGCGCUGAGGAGGUAUCGUAGAUUGACUCUUUUUUUUUUUUUUUUUUUUGUGGCUUCCCAAGUGUGAAAAUACAUCCUCUGGAUUCAAAGAAGCUGAUAGAGAUCUCGACCCAUAUGUAUUUUUGGAACAUACAAAGACGACAACUUUGAAUGCACGUAACUAUACAAUGACAUUAAGAGUGAUGGUGAGACCAACUUUAAAUUCUCCGCAAUAAGGAUUUUGGGAGAAGUUAGAGUGUUAACUUCAUAGAAGUUAGCGCACCAUAUUAACUAUUUUAAUUAUCAUUCAUUUUUUAAAUCAAAUCUGAUUAUGGUUAUUAAUGGUGUGUUUGGUAUUUCAAAAAAUUAAAAAUUAAUUAAAAUCUAAAAUAUAUUUUCUCUCUCCUUCUUUUGUUAGUCAUUUUCGGCCUAGAAAAUUUACACUAAAUUCAUUACAUCUUAAAUUAGUAGCGGUUUUGGUUGAUUGUAGUGAUUUUAUUGUUAGUUGUAUUGAGUUAAGGUUUUGUAAUUAAAAUCGAUGGAUGAUUUUGGGGUUGAUAGUAGUGUUUUUAUCGGUUAUAUAGUGAUUUUCAUAUAACUAUUGACACUAAGAAUGAAAAUAUUACUAUGACCAUACCAACAACUACUAAUAUUUGUAAAAAAACACUACACAUUAUAAUAAAAAUCACUACUACUACAUAAUUAGUCGCCCACUGUCGAAGAUCACUUCAGUAUGCCCCAAUAAGUCGUUCCCGCCUCAGAAAUAUGCCGUAAAGACAUGCACCCAGACGAAUCUUGUUGUUCCCUUCAACUACUCCAGACAUCGGCGUUUGGAUUUGAUUGACGGUGGCCCCAGAUCUGUUGCACUAGGGCAUCGACGAGCAUUGGGGGAAGGCAGAUCCAAAAUUUACAUCUCUCUACGCCGAAGAUGGUGCAAAUAAUGGAGAAAAAGACAUCGGCACACGCCAUCAACGCACCUUCUUCUCUCAUCGCCGCAAGCCUCCUCGACCUAUUGUCACUGCCUGCCUCCUCCCUCGAUAUCUUCGGCUAACAUUCUUCUCCCGUCGCCGUCUGCCAUCAUUGCAUGUCUCUUUGGGCCUCUCGUUCAUGUUCUUCGUCGCCACACCAAGACGGUUCUGUAGAUAGAGGGGAGAGGGAAGAGAUGAUUUGCGUAGAAAGAGGGGAGGCGGCUGUGAGUGGGGGAGUACUGGUGGUAAGAGAGGUUAUAUAUUAGAGUUAGAAGUAAUAUUACUUAAAUAUCAUUUAAUUAAUUUUUAUUUUAUGAUUUUAAUUUAAUGGUUCUUAAACAAAUUAGCAUGGUGCUAAUCCCUUAAGAGGUUAACAAUGCAUCAUAACCACACUGUGCUUGCAAAGAAAAGAUGCAGCUCCGAGCUUCCUUUCCCGCUCCAAUUUCCAGCCAAUCUUUCAAUUAGUGAAUGUUAAUUAAGCAAUCAAGAAUGAGUAAUUUAGGUUGAAAUCAUCUCAGUAGUGGAUUGACAUUCGAUAUUACUGUAAGUCUCUUCACUAUUAAAAAAGUUACACUGAUAAACACAAAUGCGCUAAACUACUAUUCCUUACCUACUUAAAACCCUUUUACUCACCGAAAUCUAAAAUAUUAAAUUGGAUGAGUUAGGGUACAAAUCGUAGGAACUCUUGCCAUUAGGUACUUACUACUUAGGGUUUGUUUCUGUGUAUGUAUUUAGCUCUGGACAAGAAUUUGAAGUACGAAAGUUGUGGCGUGACACGUUUAUGAUCUACAAAUUAAUGUUAAUGAUGAUGUGACAAACCAUGAAUCAACGUUCACAUGGGAACUGUAGUCAUUCUAACCACUUUUCAUACGAUGAUUAUUUGAGAAACCAAACAAUAUCCAUCAGACAUAAAAAAAAGUUUAAAACAUAACGUUUAUUAUAUCGUUCUUAGUAUUUUGAUUCACAUAAAACAUUAUUGUUCGUCCGUAAAUUAGAGUAUGAACACUAGACAAAUCAAUCUACUAAUCAAUUUGCAUUGUGUUUCCAUCCCUAUAUCCACCAGCUGCUCUAGUAAAUUUUCCAAGGUAACACACCUCAUAUAUGUUUUAGUCUUUUACGUUAUAAACUUUUUGAAUUUUUAGGUUUCAUUGUUUUUUAGACGAAAAUCUUUGGGGUUAGAAUUUAUGAGCUAAAUUUAGAGUAGUGAUUUUGAAUAUGUUCAUCUGAAUUAUUUUUCUAAUUAUACCCAAUCUUAUUUUAAAAUAAGAACGACCCGAAUAUCUAAAAUCGAAAAAUUCAUAAGGCCUAUACUAACUAUGGAUCCAGAGGAGGGCUGGGCCGGGGCCCGGGGUGGCCACCCCCUGGAUCCGCCACUGGUCAGUGGAUAAGAGUUCGGCCAAAGGCGGCCCGCCAGGCCCAACGACAGCGCAAGACUGGAAAACGACGUUGUAUAAUAGGCUAACAGUGUUGUUGGUCAAACCGGGCCGAGACAAUCGAGUGGUGAUUAUGAAACGGCAUCGAUUAGUGAAAGGUGAUGCCGCGGUAUUGGUGAAACGACAUCGUUACAUGGACAAGGUUGUAGGAUUUGGCUCAACGUCGUUUCGCCAAGUUUAUGCAAACAGGAGCGGUUUCGAGUGCACGUGACUUUUACGCAAAGCAGAAAGAGGAGAUCAAGGCAGUUGAGACACGUGGGAUUUCAGGACGGAGCAGUUGAGGAAGCGGUUCCACCUAGCGUGAAGAUUACGCAAGUGAUUUCAAAUAAAAGCAGCGGAGCAAGGAGAGAGAGGGGACAACCAAAUCAACACAGAAACACAUCUGUCAAACUUUACCUUUUUUUUUCUCUGUAACUCCUUCGCGGAGCUCUCCUUCCAGGAAGGAUCUCCAUAGUUGUAGUCUUAGUCGUAGUCGCGGAGCUCUCCACAGGAAUCUCCAUAGGAGUAGCGGUAGUGUAGAUUCCCCAAAACUCAAACACCCUCGUUCGAACGUAGUUUGGAGAGGUGCGAACCGUAGUAACGGUCGUUCUUGGUUAGAAGUCAGAAGUGCAUCGAUCAAAUCAACAUCGCCGACACCGGUGGUGGAUAUUUGACGGUCACGUUGAUUUCACCAUUUAGAGGUGCAUCGAUCAAAUCAACGGCGCCGAUAUUCGGCGGCGGAUAUUUGACGGUCGUCUCGAUUUCAACAAUCAGCGGUGCAUUCGAUCAAACGGCACCGCAAGAGUUUCCACCGCGAAACAUCAAAUCAACAUCGCCGGAAACGAAUUCGGCCCGGCGGUGGCAUUUGAUUUUUCCUGGGAAACAUUUUGGCACGCCCAGUGGGACACGUGUGUUUGACAUGGCUCUGCGACGAGGAAAAGAAGAUUGUGGUCUUCGACAAGGAUCCAUGACGGAGGCUCAAAUGGUCAAUAUCGAGAUUGACGAUGCUGUUGGCGGUUCAAGCAACAACGCUGGAGCAAAGGUGCAAUCAAUGGCACGAAUCUCCGAUCAGGGUGAGAUGCUGCUCAUACCCCGCCAAGUAGUGGCUGAACUCAACAGAGAUUGCCAACAGGUAAAUAUCAUUCUAACUUCUCUUGAUAAAAAAAUGGAUAAUCUUGAAAAAAACAUAGAUCAAUGGUUUGAUAAGUUGGACGACUCUGUUUCUGAUUUUAAUAUGUCAAUACGUGGAGCCACGUAUGAUUUUGAUGUGUUUAAAUCUCGAACCAUGUCUACAACAUUGUUGCUAGAAGUGAGUGAAUCCAAUGUGUUCUUUCCUGUGAACAACGUUGUUCUAAAGGACACACCAAUUGGAAGUGGCUUGCAGAAGCCACUACAAAGAAGUCAGUAUCGACUUACUUCUAAUAAGAUUGAAAACAAGAACCAGGGUCGAGAACCUGGUUACAAUCACGUUGAGCAUAGCAAGCUCACGUAUGAUGGGUUGCCCAAGCAACAUCUCAAUGGUGUUAAAAAAACUCGUACUGGGAUUCGAACCAUGACCAUUUUAAAGAAAAGCAAGGAUAAUAACCAAUCACACUAAGCACAUUUGUUGUAUCUUUUUAAAUUAAAAACAUAUAAUAGCAGGGAGGAAAAAAAUCCUUCCCCCAUUUCAAAUUCCCUACUCCAUGAGUGUUUGUAGGAAUGGUAGAAUAGGGAGUGUCAAUUUUUUUUUCUCUUUCCUCUAUGGAACGAGCCAACUUACCGUACACAUGUGAAUUUAAACGGGUCCAGGAGUGUCAAUUUUUUUUCUUUAAGCCAUUUUAUUUCUCCGUGGUGACAAAAUAUAUAUGAAAAGGUAAAAAUAAUACUCCUUUUUAUUGUUAAAAAUAAAACAUUUAACAAUAAACUAAUGCAUGGUAUCUAAUGGGCUAACCGCCAACCAUAAAAUAAAAGAGUUGAAUGUGCCUGACCUACAUGGGAUUUGGCCAUCAAGUAAAAUAAAUGAACAUCAUUGGUUUGUCAUUCUAAAAUAAGCUAAUUUCUCUGACAUAAUAUAUAUUAUGCUAUUAAUUUAUAUCUUAGUGGCUAAAAUAUAAUGUAUUUUAAAGUUAUUCAAUGGUUCAACCUCGACCAACACAAUUAGUCCAAUUUUUAUCAUUUCAAAUAUAUAUUUUAUAAUUAUUUGAUAUCAUAAUGAUCAAAUUAUAGUGUAUUUUAUAGGGAAUAGUUUGGUAUUUGUUAGUAAAAAUUAACAUAAAGAUCUAUUUGGUUAUUUAAAACAUUAUAACGAUCCUAAACAUUUUCAGUUCCUUUUGAAUUUCUAUGGUUUUAUUCCCGAAUAAGUGAUGUGCAAAUGGCGAAUUGUAGUCGUCUCUUUUCUUUCACUAUUUUUUAUUUUCAAAUAGAAAGUUUAAAAGUAAAGAAUAAUUAGAAUUUGGCAUGGGUCGUCAAACAGGUUGAAUUUCAAGUUUUGGCCCGUUUGUUUUAUGCAUUGCAAAUUUAUUAGCAUUUUGAUGGAAAUGGCUUGGAAAAAAGACAUAUAAGUUGUACCUUUGCAAAAAUGUCCUCAAAUGUUUUAAUGCUUUGUGAAUCAGGUUCUGUGACUUUUGUGAUGGUGUAUGUGCUUGACAAUUGCUCGAUGUUGUAACUGCUUAAUUUGAGAGUAAAUCUUUUGAUUUUCCCUAUGAGUUAUUAUACCAGUUCUGGUGGUUGCAGCAUGUUGUCGUUGUUGGCCUGUAAAAGUUGUUCCGCCGUGGUGCUAAAUACCUUUCUUUCUUUUUUAACAAAUUGUGUAGUAGUGCUAUGAAACAGACCACCCAUGAACGCUACGCUUAUUAUGGUCUGUUCUUACUUCCGGUGGUGAGAAAUUGUGAAUUGAGAAUCAUAUUCGCCUACCGCACUGUGUCUGGCUGGUGGCUGCUUACUGUGCUCUCUAGAGUUAUGAAACAGACUACCCAUGAACGUUUCCCUUAAGAGUCCAUAACUUUUGCGAAAAACCAAAUUUAGGCAAUCAAAGGUGGUGGAUGUGUGAUGAUUUUUUAUGGCUUAAUUGUUUGUGAAUUGGAUAUCUGAUCUUUGUAUGAUUGGAGGGGAUGUUUGCUUAAUAGAAUUAUCCAUUUUAAUUCAUGUUUAUUUUUAACAUGAACUUUAGUAACUCAAAACCUUCGAGACACAUAUAACCUACUGCAUUGUAUCAUUUUGCCUGGGUGCUUGCUGUGUUGUCAAACUUCUUUGUUGCUGCUGCUUUUACACUAACAGGGGAGUUAAGAACCCAUGAAUGUUUCCGUUUGACACAAACAGUAGGACUUGCUUCUAAAUCGUGCACUAAAGAUGAUUGGAGGAAACAUCUCUAUUGCAGUUGAUAUACUGGAGACCAGAACAAAAGCAAUGUAUAACAUCAAAACCAACCAUCUGAACUAUUAGCAUUGUUGCUUUACUAUUUUUUCGUGGUUGAGUCUCCUUCAAAAAAUUUAGUUUGAUUUUAGAAAAUUUUGCUUCUGCAGUCCUGUCUUGCCACCAACGCGUUCAGUAGAUGGAGAUGGCAGAGGCGAAGGCUAUUUUUGUGUUGUUGUUGCUGGUUUAGGGAUCGGUUUGUGAAGAAGAGGGAGAAGAGAGGGGGAAAGGGAAAUGCAGGAGAGGGGGGUAACUCUUUUCUCUGACAAAAAUGGAGUGAAGAAAGGAAUUAUGAUCAGUAAGGAUAUGGUUAUCUUACAUAACGGUCUCUAUUCUGUUUGAAUUGAGCUUGAGAGGCAGUGAUAAGACGAGCUGCAACCAAUUCCUAGUGAGAAGAGAGCUAUGAACUGUGAUCAUGUCUUAUUUCAAGUUAGAAGGUAGUUUCAGUAUAAGGAUUAUUUAAUUUGACAAGUUGUUUCGUCCAUGGUUCUUGGUAGUUUCAGUGCCAUUCUAGCCAUUGUUUAGUCUGUAAUUUUUGAGAAUUGAUGUGCGAGUAAUGACUUUCACUUAGCUUCAACUAUUAUGUGUGUAUUUAUUGGCAUGUGAUAGAAAUCUCUUUUCCUUUUCUUUGAAUUCAAUUUCAUACUCUAAUUGUAUAAUUUGUACAUAGGCAAAUCAUGCUCGAGAUGACAACUCGCUGAUAAGGCUGGUGCAAGGAACGGAGCCAUCAUUAGAAUUCAUACCGACAACGGGGAGGGAUGCCCAGGACUAAUUCAAUGAUGAUUGAUGAUGGUAUAAUAAAAACUGCAGUUUGCAUCAACACCAAUUUCUAGGCCUAAGUAAAGCUAUUCAACCCAGAACUCUGCUUAGCGCUAAAAAUUUCCCUCACCCAACCUUGAUCCUGUUUGACCCACUUCUGAAGAGUCAAGAUAUAUGAAUAUGACUAAUCCUCUCCGUUCGUAUUUUCUUAUUGACUCUUUCUGACCCUUUAGGUUGGGGCGGGUCGGGAAGAAUCGGAUUAGUGGGUCGGUCCUAAUCAAGUGGAAUCCCAAUCCCUUCACUCUCACUUGCUUUCUCUCCUAUUCCACAAGUGAGUAACAUACAGUAAUCCGGCCAACGGGCCGGGUAAUAGGCUAGUAUCAUAUAAAAGAUUAAACAACUUACUUGUCAUAUGCUCCCAAUUUGACAUGUGCGAAGGCUUUGAAGCUGGUGGUGCUGGUGCAGGUGAUGAUCUAGGAUGUUUUUUAUUAUGUAGUGGAUUCGGACCAGAGGGAACCAGUCUAUUAACGAACAUAAAAGGUUCGAAGGCAAUAUCUAGACCUCCUGCAUUUAUUUAUGUAACUCUAUCAUUUAUAUGCUAUGAUGUGGAUAAAAAACCUAAUUUAUUUUUGAGAAAUGUUUAAUUACUUGAUCAAAACACAAAAAAAAAAAAAAGAAUGCAUAAUCCUAUUCCCAAUUCAAUAUUUUAAUAUCUUUUCAAUAAAGCUUUGUAGCCAUAAAAACAACAACACUAAGCUUAAUAACAUUUUAAUAUUCUAUAAUAUUAAACAACUUACUCAUAAUGAGCUCCCAAUUUGACACAUGUGGAGGCUUUGUAGGUGCAGGUGAACCAUGAUGUAUUGGAUCGGGAACCGCUGGGAUUGAUUUUUUGGCCUGUUACACUGAUUGCUAACAGUAAAAGUGUAACCAAAAUCCGAAACAUUGUUCAACAAUGUGAUAUUAUCACUGUAGAAGACAAAAUAAUAAGAGGAAGAGAUUAAAGGAGCUUUCGUUCAUUCCACCAGAGGUUCGGGAAGCAUAACUCAAGUCAUCAACAACUGGCCUCGUAGAAAGCCCGCCAAUUCCAAAGAGUGGUGCACCUCGACUCUCCUCCAUGCUUUGUGUUGGAGUCUGUGGAAGGAAAGAAAUCGCAGGAUUUUUGAUGGGGUGGCCAACACUGAAUUUGGAAUCGCUUUCAGGAUCGGUAGUCUCAUUGCGCAGUGGUUGGCGAUCGCGGGGAAGGUUGAUACAAAGGCUGCCGAGGAAUGGCUUCAGGUCUUGAAGAGCAGAACUGUCCUUUCUAUUUUUUUCUUUCUGUCUGUUUCUGUUUCUUUUUUAAUCUUGUAUUUCUUCUGAAUCAAUGUCAACCUUAUAAAAAAAAAUAAUUAUUUCCUUACCACCUCUUUUUCAAUUUUUGAAAUCUAAGAUAUGUGUUGAUUGUGAGAUUUGAGUGAUGGAUAUGGUAUUUAAAUCUCAAGUAUUAUGAAUUUGAUAUAAAUCUAUUAUUUGUUGAGGUAUACAUAUACAUGGGACUAACAAAUUUAGACUUUUUUUAGAUGCAAAUCUGUGAACCUCACGAAUUUGUAAAUAUCACAUUUUAAUUUGGGAUUUGGUUAUGGAAAGCAAAAAGUUGAGACAUUCAUAAUAAAACAAUCAACUAAACAAUCAACUAAACAAAUAAUAAAUUCUUUCAAAUCCAUAAUGCAACAAAUUCAUCAUAAAUCCAAAAUUUUCAAAAACUCAAAACUGCCUUUUUAAAAUCCAACAAGCAAACACUUUUUGGAGUGUACUCUUUCCAUUAAAUACACCGUUAUGUCCUUAUAGUUUUUCACAGGUAAAAUACACUUCCACAACCACAACUGUCAUGUUUGUGACAAUUAUAGCCACAAUUUUCAAAAUAUGAAAUAGUCACAAUUUUGAUGGUUGUUUAACAAAUCAACCAAUUUCCGUUACAAACUUUAACAAAGUUAGAUAUUUUGUCAGUUAGGUUAACAACAUACUGACUAGGUUAUCAAAUAGAUGUACACAUCAGCGACAACUCAGCCUCACUUAUCAGUAAAUGUCGCUUUAUAAUUUAUUUUAAAAAUAUUUUUAGACAAAGUACACUUUUAUAACCACUAACUUUGAAGUUUGUGACCGUUAUAGCCCAGUAUACGGCUAGGUGCAAUUCGCCCUAUAAUCACAAAUUAACCUCUAAUUCUUUAUCUUUCUCUCUUCAUCCUCUCAACUGGGUCAAAAUUAGAUAAAACUUUUUGACUCGCAAUGGAAAAGCUAAGUGGGAUGUCUUUUCUUGAUGGGCCCCGAUCGUUGCAUGGUAGGGCCCAAGUUUGUGGGACGUGGGGUGCCAUAGGCUUGCCUUGUGGUGUGGUGGGCCUUGGGUUCAAAGGCCCAUCAACGUUGGUAACUGAUUUUUAAAACUGCUCUACCCGUCAAUUACUUUAUUGGUAAUGGAUCAUCUACUCACAUCCACACUUAUAGUUAGACCCACACGUACGCAACUUGUUGAUGUGGAUUAGUUCCAUACGUACUUCUAGUGGUUGAGUUUGGAUCCGCCCCAAAUGAGUCUACUGUCAAAGAUGACUCUACGUACAAAAAUGUAAGAUCGACCAUCUAAUUAACUAUCUUUAACGCAAUCCACACUUUUAGAAUCAGGUAUCCAUUUUCUUUUGAAUAUCCAAUACAAUGAGUCUAAUUUA